GCAAUCGCGUCUGGACUCUUUUGAUCCGGUGCAUCAAAAGGUUGACGGCGUCCUCAUGUCAGAAACUUGGGGCAUGCAGUGACUGAAGGAAAAAAAGAAGAGAGCAAAACAGAAGGGGCAGUGGGACGAUGGUCCUCAGAACUCAGCUAGCCCUGCUGGGUUUGGCGUGUUUGGCCAGCACAGCGCUAGCAGCUAUCCAUCCGUACAACAAGGAGUACUUUUACGCUGUGGGGGACGCCUUCAUCUUCAGGGGAGGCAGGGAAGGCCUGUACUCAUCGACCAAGGAGGCACUGGAAAAGUGGGGAAACUGGGGGCAGAUCGCGCCGGGGGUGUCCAACGGCCAGUCGGAAAUCAAGUUCACAAAGCUAGAAUUCGCGAGGCCAGAGCCAGUGGCGGCACAGUUCGAUCCUGACGAGGGGUUCACAGGGUUGAUCCAAGCGGUCAUCUUUGAGGUGAAUGACCGGGAUCUCAUCGGCUACCCCACACCCACGGGAUACCGCUACUGCUGCACCAAGGAGCUCGUCCCAAAGACCAAGUGCUUCCAGGACCGCCUUAUUUACCAGGAGAAGGAGAACGGCUGGCCCAAGGUGCUGGACAUUUACUUUGAGAACAACGACACCGUGGCGUUCUCCUGGGAGGAAGCCAUCACGAUCGAGGAGACGGGCAUGUACUACCUCUGGUUUGUCAUCUGUGACGAUGAGCUGUCAGCCGCCACCGUGCGCGGCCAGACCACCUGGAAAAACCCCACGGGUUACCUCCCCGGCAUGAUGCUCCCGCACAUAAAGUUUUUCGGCGGCAUGUCGCUCCUGUACAUAGCGCUCGGAGUUGCCUGGGCCGGCCUCUAUGCGCGCUACUGGACCGAGGUCUUCACCCUGCAGCAUUGCAUCUCCGCCGUCCUCGCCCUGGGCAUGAUGGAGAUGUCAACAUGGUACUUUGACUACGUGAACUUCAAUUCGACGGGCUACAGGCCAUACGUGACCACACUGUAUGCGGUGCUGCUGGGCUGCCUGCGCAAGACCAUCUCCCGGACGCUUGUGCUCAUCGUCUCAAUGGGCUUUGGCGUUGUUCUGCCCUACCUUGGCGCAAUUCAGAAGAAGAUCAUCGCGCUGGCGGCGUCCUACUUUGUCGCCGUGACAGCCCUCGACGUGGUGACCAACGUGGGAACCAUCGAUGACCUCACGUCCACCGCGCGCAUCGUGCUUGUGCUGCCAGUGGCGAUCUUGGACGCGGUGUUCAUCCUGUGGGUAUUCACUUCGCUCUCCAAGACGCUCGCGCAGCUGCAGGCUCGCCGCGCCGGCUCCAAGCUCGAGCUCUACAGGCGGUUCACAAACUCUCUGGCGCUGAUGGUGUGGGUGAGUGUGGCCUGGAUAGCCUACGAGAUGUGGUUCAAGGUGACGGACCAGUACAACGAGAAGUGGCAGUGGGACUGGAUCACGAGCGAUUUCUGGUACGCGCUGAAUUUCGUGUUCCUGGUCGUCAUCUGCUUCCUCUUCCGCCCCUCCUUCAACUCCACGCGCUACGCCUACUCCGAGCUCGAGGGAGAGGAGGAAUACGAACAGAUCGAGAAGGGGCGCGUGAAGGCCGAGGUGGACGGCGAAGAGGCGGGGAAGCUCGAGUAGUCACCCGCUUUUUCAUCAUGACACUGCUGAGUCAGUGUGACUCGGCAUUGCCAUGAGACGCGCAAAGACAGGCCGUGGAGCUCUCAGCAGCUGUCACCCCACAGCAGGAACUUGGCCGACACAGCGCAUGUUCUGCGCAGGCCCACAAAGUACUAAUAAAGUACAAGGGAGUGGGGAUUCUUCUUGCAGCAUUCUCUCGGCUUGGGCAGCCUAUCCCAGAAGAGAUCACAGUGGUGUUAUGCCGCACAACACAGAGAGUGUCUGCUCAAGUCUGACCGUACAAGGAAAGUGCAUUUCUAGCAGCAGCAGGCCGGCAGGAGCUCUGACUGACGGUAGUCGAUAAUAUCACACUUCUGGGGUUCACUGGGAUGC